UAUUCCAACUGUCCUUAAACACAAAGACAAUCCCCCACUAACAUCAUCAUCUCUUUCAAAAUUUUAAACACACUAAAAAUUCCACCCCUCCCCCCUUUCUCCCCCAUUCAUAUUAUCUAGGGCUAAAAAUAUAAACCAUACUUUCAAAUCAAUAAAAAUAUCUCUUAUUAUCAUUAAAAGCAAUAAACUUUACUUGAUAUUCUAUUAGGGUUUUCUCUAAAGUUUUGUGGGGUACUGGAAUCUUGAAAAAAGAUAUGAUGGCUGAUGAGGAAAAGGCAAUAAAUGGGUUUGAUUUUACAAAAAGUGAAGCAAAAGAUAGUGAUGGGAUGCUGUCUUUGUAUAAUGGCAGUAGUAGUAGUUUUGGUGAGGGCAGUUCUGCAGAUGGGAUAAGAAGAUAUACAAGGCGGAAACGUCGAAAAACGUCUAAUUCGGAUGAUGAUGAAUUCAUCAAGAUGGAGUUUAAUGAUAAGAUAAAUGCUGGUGAUGGUAGUACUGCAGAUCAAAGUGUUGGCAGGUUGGAUUUUGAUGUUUCUCCUGUUCGGCAAGGUGAAUGUUCUCAUAAGCAUGGUGAAAAGAUUGUCUCACAGCAGACUUAUCAGUCACAAAAUGGGCAUGACAAUGGUGAUGGGGAAUGCAUCCUAAACACUGCUAUGGAUUAUCCAGAAGGUGGUUUUUCACCUCUAGUAAAGGAAUCCCUAGAUAGCGUCAAAAGAAGUGACAACCAAAUACAUAGUCAUGCUAAAGUUUCUCAUUUCGUAUCUAGUGAAAUGAUAAAACAAUCAGAAGAUUCUACAAUAACUGAGUCGUGUGAACAAGCAUUCUCUGAUAUUCUAAACUCGGACAAAUUCUCUGAGUUACGUGGUCUAAUUCUCGAUACUUUUGGUGUAGUUGAUGUUAACCAAAUUUUGGGAGUUAACGCUAUAAGUUUGAAGAUAAAAGAUGGAGCUUAUGAAACUGCACCAAUGCUUUACCUUAAAGAUGUCCAGCAGGUAUGGACAAGGCUUCAACAUUUUGGCAAUGAGGCGGUUACAAUUGCUAAGAGUCUUUUUGAUAAAUCUAGGGAUCAUUAUGAACAGUUUGUUAGGAAACCAAGGGCAACAGAAGCAAACAGUGCCUCCAACUGCCGGGAGUGUAGAAAAAAAGCCGAUGUCAGAAACUGUUUAGUAUGUGAUUCAUGUGAAGAGAUAUACCACAUCUCCUGUACAGAACUUACAGGUACACAAAUUCCACCCAAAAGUUGGUAUUGUGCCAGCUGUGUCUCAAACGGAAUGGGAUCACCUCAUGAUAACUGUGUUGCCUGUGAGAAGCUAAAAGCUGCUUCUGCCGGGGCUCCGAGAAUCGACAAGUCACAAGAUGUACCAAAUGGGGUUUUAGCAGACUUGCAUGAUGUGAUUGAUGAAAGUCCAGGGCCUAAGAUUUGUUUUAUUUGCAAAACCGAGGUGAAUUCUGGAGACAAUUUUAGAACAUGUGGGCAUUCUUUAUGCCCUCACAAGUUCUAUCACUACAAUUGCUUAACCUACAGGCAGUUGGGUGUCUCCGGUCCUUGUUGGUACUGCCCGUCUUGUCUAUGUAGACGUUGCCUUGUGGACAAAGAUGAUGAUCAGAUUGUUCUGUGUGAUGGGUGUGAUCAAGCGUUUCAUAUCUACUGUACAACCCCACAACUUCAUUCUAUUCCAACUGGUAGUUGGUUUUGUGGAAAAUGUGACAGGGAACUGAAGCGAAUAAGAACAAUGAAAAGGGCGUAUGAGAAUAUGCAAAAGAAAGUGAAAGUAGAGGAUGAAUCGGAGCAGGCAGAACAGGAAGCAGUGGGUGUGGUGAAUGGAAGUGAAAAUAUAACCAAUUCUGGUGGUGGACUUGACAUGCUUGUAACUGCUGCCAAAACACUAAGCCACGAGGAGACUAUCAACUUGGAUACACUUAGGAAUAUCAUAUGAAACAUACUAAAUGUUAGUAGAAUGGAUGUACAAGUAUUUGUGGCAGCGCGUGGAAUGGGGAGUCUUUUCCUAGGUAGUACAUUACAUCAGUGAUCAGGGCCAUAGUUAGGUUUGUACACUUUUUAAGCUGGUUUUGGGUGUGAAAGGGGUCGUAGGUAGCUGUAAAGUGAAGCCAAAAACGUCGCAUGAAUACUUCUUAUGUUACCCUGAACAGAUGGUGCAUUAGCUUUUUUUCUUUUCUUUUCUUUUCUUGGCAAAUGUCUGUAAAACUCUGGAGGUGGGAUGACUGUGACUUAAACUUCAACUUUUGGUGUAUCAUUUUACUGACAGGGAUAAUGAAGCAGGUAUAGUGAUGGUGUUUCUGCUGCUAACUGAAGAACUCAUGAUUUGUAGUUUUUCUGGAACAUAUGCACAGAAAAUCGUUUUAUAACAGGAUUUUUUUUUUCCCGUG